AUGUUAAAACAAGGCCUUUUAUUGCUUCUUGCUUGGUCUGCCCAGGCCAAAGAUCUCAACUUCCACUUCCCCAAGACCAACUCCCCCCAACGAUUCGACAUCAAGGUCAACCAAGACUUCCUCGACUUUACCCUCCGCAAAGUCCGCGAGUAUCGUCCAGCCAACAGCUUCUUUUCAGAUUGGACCAACGAAGGCCCCCCCAAGGAUGCCGUGAAGGACCUUGCUGAAUACUGGGGCAACAAAUACAACUGGAGGGAGGUAGAAAAGUCAAUCAACAAGGACUACAAGCAUUAUGCUACUACUGUUCCUGGAAACGGCAACUAUUCUGCCCCAAUUCCUAUCCACUUCGUUCACGAAAGAUCCAGGAACAGCAAGGCAACCCCUCUGUUGCUGCUGCAUGGAUGGAGCUCCACGCACCUGGAGUGGAGAAAGGUCUUCCCGAAGCUGUCAAAGAACUUCCAUGUCAUUGCGAUCGAUCUUCCGGGUUACGGCUUUAGUCCUGCACCAAUUAAGCCAGGCCUCGGUGCCAAGGAGCAGGCUAUUGCUUUUGACGUCCUCAUGCAACAGCUUGGUUACAAGAAAUACGGCGUUGUCAGCACCGAUCUCGGCUGGAUUUAUGGCUCGGCCAUGACAGAGUAUGUAGGCGAGAACAUCAUCGGCCACUUCACCGACUUCUUCCUGGCGCAACCUACACCAGAGAUUCUCGCUCGUGCAGAGCAAGGCAAGACCACCCAGGAAGAGAAUGAAUACUUGGCUGGCUUGAACGAAUUUUCAACCAAGCACUUCGCCUACGCCAGUGUGCAGUCCCAAAAGCCUGGGCUUCUGGCUGGCAUCUUGUCGGAUAGCCCUGUUGGUACUGCUGCUUGGUUGUGGGACCUUAAGGAGGGUAGUAGUGACGGCGUUGAGCCUACGCAGGAGGAGGUUGUGACGGAUGGUUUCGUGACUUGGAUUCAGGAUACCUAUGGUAGCAUUCGAUCUUAUUCGAUCGGAGAAGCCGCGAUACCGACAACCAAGAUAUCCAAUGUUCCCACGGCUGUUACGACUUGGGGGAAUGAAAAUGGUCGAUUCCCCGGCCUUCGAAAGUUUCCUUUGACGCCCAAGUCUUGGUUGGAGCCGUUGGUUAACCUUGUUUACUAUAAGAAACACGCUGGCGGAGGUCACUACCCAGCCUGGACUAAGCCUGAUGAUUGGACUGCUGACGUGAAGGAGUUCUUUUUCUCUUUGUAA